CUGUGGUUCAGGCUAAGUUGCCAAGGAGACGGGAGCCGUGUUGCUAGUCACCGUUAGCCGUUAGAGCAGCCGUUAGCUUCGGCGAGAACAGAGGAGUUUCAGCGCCGCAUGUCCUGCUUCAGGAGGACAACUGUGUCAUGGCAGAGCUCCACAUUAUAGGACAGAUCGUUGGGGCCAGUGGUUUCCCGCAAAGCAGCCUAUUUUGCAAAUGGGGAGUUCAUACGGGAGGAGCAUGGCGGCUCCUAUCGGGGCUGAAAGAGGGUCAGACUCAGGUGGAUCUCCCUCAAACCGGAGACAUGGCGUACUGGAGCCACCCCAUUGAUCUGCACUACGCGACGAAAGGGCUCCAAGGCUGGCCGAAGCUUCACCUCCAAGUGUGGCACCAGGACUCUUUCGGACGCUGCCAGCUGUACGGCUACGGCUUCUGCCACGUCCCCUCCAGCCCCGGCCACCACCGGAUAAGCUGUGCGACCUGGAGGCCGCUGGGCUCCUGGCAAGAGCAGCUAGCGCAAAUGUACGUCGGCGGAGGUCCCCAGCUCCGCAACCCGGACCUCAUAUACAGCGGGGCGGACAGAUACAGGCUGCACACCGAAGCCAUGGGGACCGUGGAGCUGGAGCUUGGCGUUAUAAUGAGACACUUUGAUAAAUAUGGCGUCGAGAGCUGACACGUUGAAAAAACUUAAGGGACUGUUUACAUGUUGUGCAGCAUUGUAUUCCCUUGAUAACUUGUUUUGAAUACAGUUUUGUACAUUUUUUUAUUAAGUUGCUUUAAUAUUUUUACUAACUAGCUAACCGCUAUGUGUAAAUAAAGAAGCUAUAGUCUUAACGAAGUUGGUUUCUUUUUGAUAUGUACCACGACACAAUUAUGCCUCACAUUUUGCUAUCUCCUUCCAUAUGUUUACAAUAUAAUACAGUUCUACUUUAUUUGCAGUUACUUAGCAGAUGUCGUAUGACAAUACAAACUAUGAUAAGGUAUAAUGUUACAUUAAUAGAAUAGGAUGCAAUUUUACUGAUUUACAAGGACAAAUUCACAAGCAGCCCAGCAGAAAGUACAUCUUUACCAGUUCCCACUGUAAAGUAAUCAACAUAUUAAUGCAUCCGCAAGUAUUACCCAAUAUUAUGUAUCAUUUGUAAUAUGCCAUUCUGCAUAAUGAGUACUUCUACUCUUAGUACUUCAAGUAUAUUUUGUUGCCAAUGCUUCUGUACUUUAGUGUAACUACAUAAUUAAAUCCAUGACUUACUUAAAACUAA